CCGAUGUCAAGAGGAUGUGAAUUGCGUAACUCACUGGGCAUUUAAAACACCGACCUAAUUUUAGGUUUUUAAAAAUGGCUGUAGUGACUGCCAUCUGUACUGUUGGUUUGGCUUUCGCAGUAGCUACGUCUUGGUUGUAUUUGUUGUCCAUAAACUUGCCGUCCUUGCCUGAAAAUCUACAUUUACAAAAUGAAAGUAUCGAGCUGAAGUUUCCCACUAAUUUGGACGACUUGACCGACAUGGCCGAGGUCCUCCAAGACUACAAGGCCAAUCACUUUGGCUAUGUCAUGCUGCUCUUCUGUAGUGCAUACCUCUACAAGCAAACGUUUGCUAUCCCAGGAUCAGUGUUUAUGAAUCUUCUGGGUGGAGCCUUGUUUGGUAUCUGGUAUGCCUUCCCUCUGUGCUGCGUUCUGACGGCCACCGGUGCCUCGCUCUGUUACCUCCUGUCUCACCUCUGUGGCCGGGCUGUCGUGAUGAAGUACUUCUCACAGAGGAUACAACCGUUACAAAAAAAGGUGGAGGAUAACCUAGACAGCCUUUUCUUCUUUUUGCUCUUCCUGAGAUUGUUUCCGAUGUCACCCAACUGGUUCCUUAACAUCAGUUCGCCCAUCAUUGGCAUUCCACCGCUCCAGUUCUUCCUGUCUGUGUUAAUAGGGUUGAUGCCAUACAACUUCAUCUGCAUCCAGACAGGCAGCAUCCUGUCCUCGGUGACCUCCCUCAACGAGAUCGUCACGACGGGCGUCAUGCUGCGGCUAGCCGGCAUGGCCUUGGUGGCGCUCUUGCCCGGCCUCGUCUUCAGGAAGUACAAGAGACGGAUGAAGCGUGACUGAUGCUGCAUGGAGUUUUUAACCCUACAGAAGGCGGUUAGGGGGGCAGAUUAAUGUCUCCACCCACCAGUGACAUUUUCCUUGAUAUUUUUGCAGUGUGUUUUCUGUUUGUACUUGGACCUCAGGGUUUUCCCGGUAAUAUCAUACAAUCAUUUUGACACCAGUUUUAUGAAGCUCAGACAAAUGGUUCUUGUUGAACACCAAUUUUUCCAAGGCAGGUCAGCUCAAAGUUCUUCCUGUACAUGCUAAAUGCACACAGGCUGACCACACACAAGACCGUGAACUACAAAUGACCUCAACAACAAAAUCGCACGUCAGAUCAAAUCAAAACUUCACAGAUGUACUGAUAAUGUGGGAUGGCCAAGAUCGCGGUUGCGGGGCCUAUUUCUCCCUAUUCCGCAGGCUGUUACAUGGACAAAUAAAAAUACCAGUUCUGUUAGGGUUAAUACAAAAACAGGGUACACAGUAAUCCCCGAUGUGGCCUUUACCUCAUUGGCAACAGGGUUGGUGCAGAUGGCUCAGAUUGCCUUUAUGGUUUAGCCAUCGAAAAAAUCUUCUCUCAGAUGUCACAUGCCCCUUGUCAAAGAUUUUUGAAACUGUGUCUUUUUACUUACCUGUUGUACAGAAAAAUCCAUUUUAUUGCCAAAGCAGCAGCAUGUGAUAGAAUAUCAAAGUUUAUCUGUUUAUUUUAAUGUAAAACUAUUGUGUGUCUCAUACAUUUUAACUAUCAGAAGUGCUUAAAAAGGUUCACAAAUCUGGACUCGUAGACAUUGCCUGCUACACUGAUAAAUCAUAUCAAAGUUACAAUCACCCGUUGUGUAUGGAGGACAUGAUAUUUAUCCUAGUUGCAAAUGGACAAGUUCUCAAUAAGCCAUUUGUGAGUUCAAUUUGAAUAAAAUCUGGUGCACUGAGUUAUCUAACUGCACAUAAACAUAAC